CUCCAGCCUCCUGCAUGCUGCGAAACAGCUCAUGGUGGGGGGAGGGAGGGAGGGGGAAGUGCUGAUGGGGGGGCUGCUCCGGCCCCGGAGCACCCACAGAGUCACCACCUAUGGCUCCAGGGGGCGCGCGCCGGCUGCCUCCGCGUUCCGAAGGCGAAUGUUGGAACGUUUGAGUCUCCAUGGCAACGCGACGCUUCCCCUGCCGGACAGCAGCGCGCUGAUCCGGGCGGAGAGGGCCGGGGCUGCGGCCGGCCUGAGAGCGGAGGCGGCGAGAAGCCACCGCAGCCCCCCAGCGCGCCCCGGCAUGCCGCUGAAGGUGGUGGUGGAGCUGCAGAUCCACGCGGUCACUUGCCCUGGUGUGGUCCUGCCAGAGAAACAUGACAUUUACCUCAGUGUCUGCAUCAUGGGCCAAUACAAGGAGACAGAAUGCCUUCCUCCAAUUUUCCCUCUCUUGUUUCAUGAGAAGAUGUGGUUUGAAAAGGUAUUUGAAAGUGCUGUAGACCCUGCUGCUGUAACAGAGAUGCUUGAAAGCAAUAUAACAACGUUUGGAUUACUUCAACUAGUAUCUUCAGUGGGGGACAAUCUCGCUUUUUAUGAAGAGAAUACUCGAGAUUUUCUCUUCCCAGAGCCCAAGCUGACUCCUGUGUAUCCUGGUGUGGAGAGAGAGUUACUAAUGAAAACGUCUCCUAGUUUCCCAGGAAUUGCACCAAAAAUUGAGUUUUCCACGAGAACAACCAUUACUGAGCUUCCACUUCAAAAUAGAAAGCAGUUUUAUCAGGGCAGAAACAGAAUGAGGACACAAAGAUCUGCAUCUGUAUCACCCAGGCGAAGGAGCAUUUCACCAGCACGAUGUAAGACAACAAAGAAAAAGGAUAAUAAGAUCUGUAAGAGCCUUACAAGAUUAUUAAGAUCCCGCUCUCCAUCUCCAAAUGCUACAAAGCACCUAUGUCAGCUCUGCAAAGAAAACCAACUGCAGCAGUCAAGGUUAAGCCUGGGGUCUGUUGGAUACAAACUGGAUGCUGAAACCAGGCCGCCAUUUGUUGUUAGACAUGUAGACAGUUCUAACCCAUUUGGUGAAAAAACUUCAUCACAGUUACCUUAUCGAAAUCCAAAACAAAAUGUGAGCUCAGCAAGGAAUUCGCUUGAAUUUCAAUUGAAACAAGCUUUAUCUUUUGAUAGCUGUGAAGCAUCAAAUGCCUCAGUUAAGGUUAUCAGGGAACCGGAUGAACAGACCACAUCUGAACAUGAUUCAUCAUCUCUUGAAACAGAUGAACUUGUAAAUUACCCUGGCAGUUCUCCUACUCAAGGAGAUUUGACGUUUCACCGCACAGCAUCAUUUGCCACCUCCCCACAUUACAGAUCACCUAGUCCUGUUCGGAGUCACUCUCCUCUGCAACAAAGGUUAUAUUCCAAUCCUCAUUUCAGUUGGGAAAAGAUCCACAAGAGAGUGCAGAAUCUCCUAACCUCAAACCAGGCAAAGCAGAGACUUUCCUUUGGAGCCACUGAUUCUGAAAUUGAUGAUGUCCUUGAAAGAAGGUCCAUCUCUUUGAGGAGUUCCCCUCAGGAUGACUCAUUGGAGCAAAGAUAUUACUAAGCAGUUGUCAUGAGAAAGACCAUCUGUCUCAAUGCUGCGCAAGAGCCACCCUGAUUUUUCAUAACUAAUUCCUACCACAUUGCAACGCAAGGGAACAUCCUCGGGACUUGGAAAUAAGAAGAACUGCAUUGGUGGGAAUAAAAACUGCAACAACAACAAAAAAUAUUUGACCUUACCUGUUGAAAACAAGCCUGGACGAGGUUUUCUGGGAACAUAUUCCUGUUAAAUAAAGGCUUUACAAUGUUAUGACAUACUAAAAACAAUCUAUUUUCCAAAAUAAAAUAACCAGCUAGUCGAAAAACAGAAUGGGGUGUAUUGCUGCUGUACACAAUCACUCUUCCCAAACAGUGGUGAAUGUAUCACUGUCAGCUUUGAAGCCCUGGCCAAGACAAAGCUUCAGGAUUUAUAAUGCUCAGGUGGCUGUUUAAUGUGGAAUUCCAGGGUCACAUUUCAGUAUUUGACAUUUAAAUUGAUGAACAGAUACAGGAUCCUUCUUCUAUGCUGUGCUGUCUCCCUCAUUUGCAGGAGGAGUAUAGUAAUGAGUCUAAACUCAUUUUUAUAUAGUUCACCAUGUAUCAGGCAGAGACGUGCAGGAAGAGGAAUGAUGUUUAUUAACAUUGUGGUGGGGGGAACAGGUUUUUUGUUAUAAGCCUGGAUUCCGAAAUGAAUCUUGGCUGUUGGAAGAUUCCCACAUGUUCCAACAUCAAGAACCAUUUUCAUUUAAUGAAAAAAUUAGGAACACAGAAAUCACGAUGCUGGAUCAAACCAGAGGUCAAUGUAAUCCAGUUGCUUGUCUCAGACAGUGGCCAGUGCCAGAUGCAUCAAAGGAAGUGGCAAGAAACUUUGUAGUGAGCAAUUAUGGGAUAACCUGCCCUGAUGGAAAGUUUCUUCCUAACCCCAUUAUGUAGAGGUUGACCCGUGCCCUGAAGCAGGAGGGUUUAUAUCCCUUCCAAAUCAUCCUUAAAAUCCUCUCUUUAUUUUUCAGAUUCUUAGUCAGGCAAAAUUCCUUUGAAGUCUUGGGCAGUCUGCACAAGUGUGGACUGGGUGAAACCAGAACCAGGACAUCAGGAUUUGGCCCUUAAAACCAGUUGAGAUGCAAAAGUUGCUAUAAUUCAUAGUAGCAGAAUUUUAGAUCACCAUCGUAACUUUUAGGUCAUGGUGGUUUAUGAGAAGGGUAGUCAUGAAAUUGAGACUAAAACUGGACAAUUAUCUAAAAUAAAAGUAAUUCAAUUACUUUUUCUAAACCUGCAUAUGUUCCUCUUGUGCAUUCACAGAAUCACUGUACACGCCAGGCCUACAUGAUCACAUACAUUGCCGAAGUGGCGAGCAACAGGCCACCUUAAGUUUUCCAGCGUGGCUGAGCACGUGGAGCCUAGCUGAGUGCUUCUGCUGCAGCUAUGCUGCAAUAGGGAGAGAUGGUUUUUUCCAUCCACCUGCUGCUCCUGCUUUGCAAAGUGAAGGGGAACAGAGAGUGGGAAUGGCUAUGGGGUGGGGGACACAGAGGCACCAGUAUGAACUAUGGUGGUGUUGGUAUCACACAGACCUCCUUGUGAGCUGUGAGGAUGGUGGGGGAGGGACAGAGAUUUUAUGAAUAUCAUGCCAAUAAAGAUUUGCUGUAAUCAUC